AUGAGUUCGUUUGUAGGCUAUUUCUUCCCGAACGACGAAUUAGAGCAAGAGCGUCUUGAUAUUCUGCACCAUAUGAUCCAUCUGGUUCUUAACGGUAGAUUAUUUCUGGCCCCCAUUCAAGACAAUCCGCAGCGAAUUCUGGACCUGGCUACAGGGACUGGUAUAUGGGCGAUUGAUAUGGGCGACAAAUUCCCAUCCGCACAGAUUCUUGGGAACGAUUUGAGCCCGAUUCAACCUGCGAUGAUUCCACCUAACGUAAUGUUUGAACCACCGCCAUUUCCGAUUGACCUAGAUUGGUUAGACAAGCUUAUCAUCCCAGGGGGAUGGGUAGAAUUCUGCGACUACGACUUUAGAUAUCGGGCGGACGACGGGUCGCUCUCUCCAGAUCUCGCAAUGGUGCAAAACGAACGCCUCAUCAUCGAAUCGUCACAGAAGCUGGGGCGGGAACCGUGUCCCGGGCCCAAAUUAAAGAGAUGGGUCGAGGAUGCUGGAUUCAUCAAUGUGACGGAGAGGUGUUUUCCACUCCCGAUAGGGGUCUGGGCGAAAGAUAAGAAGCUGAAAGAAGUCGGUUGGUGGAAUCAGGUGCAGUUUUUACAGGGCGUCGAAGCAUGGUCUCUGAACCUUCUCACGCACGUCUUUGGAUGGAGCCCAAAGGAAGUCCAGGUGCACGUCGCUUAUAGGCGUAACGAUGCUCGAAAUGCCAGUAUCCAUGCCUAUUAUAAUAUGUACAUUGUUUAUGGCCAGAGACCUGCAUCUACACCAGAGACUCUAGCUAUUUGA